AGCAGCCGUGGCUAGGCUUGUCGCGACAGGAGCGGUGGCCGCGGUAGCAGCCCAGGGCCGCACACCUGUGCCCAGCAGCAGUGGCAGGACGAAGGGGUGGGGUCGGUGCCAGCCACUGUGAGUGAGCCACAGAAGGACGGGGAAGCUCCCAGCUGGGAUUCCACUGCUGGGAACAACCUUUGGCUGCCAGAGAGGUGGCACCAAGCUGGGACCACUGGUGCAGAAAAACAUGUGCAGAAACAGCUAGAGGCCUCGGGGCAGGUAAACGUUUGGUCCAGGGGUAGAAAGGCAAGGAGAGCCGGGCCCGGGACCAUGACUGCCUCCCACCUGGACUUCGGGGAGGUAGAAACUUUCCUGGACAGGCACCCAGAGUUGUUUGAAGAUUACUUGAUGCGGAAGGGGAAGCAGGAGAUGGUGGAGAAGUGGCUGCAGAGGCACAGUCAGAGUCAGGGGGCUUCAGGCCCGAGGCCCACUCUAGCUGGCACCGGCAGCUUGGCUCCCAGUGGUGGCAGAGGCAGCAGCGGCGUUGGUGGUAGCGCUGGACCCCAUGGAGCCACCAACAGCCAGCUCACACCCGGUGGUGGGGACUGUGGUGGGGUUUCCCUGAGUUCCAGCUGGGCUAGUGGCAACCGGGGCGAUGGGAGUCUGCAGCGGAGAGCCUCUCAGAAAGAGCUGAGGAAGAGUUUUGCUCGCUCCAAGGCCAUCCAUGUGAACAGGACCUACGAUGAGCAGGUGACCUCCCGGGCCCAGGAGCCUCUGAGCAGUGUGCGGAGGAGGGCACUUCUCCGGAAGGCCAGCUCCCUGCCCCCCACCACAGCCCACAUCCUCAGUGCCCUGCUGGAAUCAAGGGUGAAUCUGCCUCAGUAUCCCCCUACGGCCAUCGACUACAAGUGUCACCUUAAAAAGCACAAUGAACGUGAGUUCUUCCUGGAACUGGUCAAGGAUAUCUCCAAUGACCUUGACCUCACCAGCCUAAGCUACAAGAUCCUCAUCUUUGUCUGUCUCAUGGUGGACGCUGACCGAUGCUCUCUCUUCCUAGUGGAAGGGGCAGCUGCUGGCAAGAAGAGUUUGGUCUCCAAAUUCUUUGAUGUGCAUGCAGGAACCCCAUUGUUGCCCUGCAGCAGCACAGAGAACUCAAAUGAGGUGCAGGUCCCCUGGGGCAAAGGCAUCAUUGGCUAUGUCGGGGAGCAUGGAGAAACGGUCAACAUUCCUGAUGCCUACCAGGAUCGAAGAUUCAAUGAUGAAAUUGAUAAGCUAACUGGAUACAAGACAAAAUCACUAUUGUGCAUGCCUAUCCGAAGCAGUGAUGGUGAGAUUAUUGGUGUGGCACAAGCGAUAAAUAAGAUUCCUGAAGGUGCUCCAUUUUCGGAAGAUGAUGAAAAA